CUGGAGUAACUGGAACAGGCUAACUGUAAGUGUUAACAAUUGAUGUUGAUAACAUUUGGCGCUCCGUAGAUAAAUUGUUACAAAAUGAAGAAUGGCCAUUGACAAAGUGACAUCGUAUUUUAAAUCAUUUGACGUGAACUUUCCUGUAUUUUGUUUGACAAUUCUGUUUGGACUAGGGUCGUGGCUCACCAUAAAUGGAGUCUGGGUAGAGCUGCCGACCAUUGUGAACUUCGUCCCCGAGCAAUGGAAACUGUCAUCAUACCUGUCAAUUAUAGGUCAGAUAGCCAACAUCGGUCCUAUAGCAGUCCUCAUCCUUAACAAAGCAAGACCCAAAUGGCUAAACGAGACCUUUGUCACCUACGUCAUCAUCAUUGUGGGAACUGCGUCAUGUAUCUUGGCGGCUUUUCUGUGGCAGAAAACAUCAACAGUCGGAGGACAGGAACACAGUGUAGCUUUGUUUGUCUUCGUUUUUCUUCUUGGUCUGUGUGACUGCACAUCGACAGUUAUAUUUCUACCAUUCAUGGCCUUGUUGAAGCCAGACUACAUGACCGGGUUAUACAUUGGGGAAGGUUUGAGUGCGCUCGUUCCAGCAAUGAUAGCACUCGGUCAGGGCGUUGGAAAGACCGAGUGUAGGAAUGUAUCAGCUGUCAAUAUGACUACAAAUAUCACAAUUUUUCAUACAGAACAAGUAUCCUCUUCUCCCAAUUUUCCGGUACGAGAUUUUUUUUGGGCGUUAGCAACCAUGAUGGCAAUCAGUGGCAUAUCAUUUUCUUUACUCCGAUAUGCCCCUUUCUGCAAGAGCGAGCGAAUAAGUGUUACAGACAAUUCGGCAAAAUCAAUCUCGACGUCUUGCCAACUGCAGGAAAAGAAAGAUACGGCAAACGGUCAUGCAGACACUACCGUGCUUAUUCAGACACAUGAUAAAAGAAUGUCGAAGACAACCAAGGCUGUAUGGUUGACCAUUAUAGCCUGGGUCAGUUUCCUAGCAAACGGAUUUCUACCUUCCAUAAGUACGUACUCCUCUCUACCUUACGGGACCGACGCUUACCAUCUGGCAGCCAUACUAGAAAAUAUUGCUAAUCCUUUGGCGUCUGCUUUGGCUUUCUUUUUUCCCGCCAAAUCCUUUCGCGUACUUUUUCCUACUGUUUUAGCUGGUACAGGUUUCUCUGUCUAUCUCUUAGUUUUGGCGGGAACGAGUCCCAGUCCACCACUUGUGGGUUCACUUGCUGGGUCAUUCAUUAUGGUGGUGAUUUAUAUAGGGAAGACUUGCCUGUUUAUUUAUACCAAGGUGUGUGUUGCCGUUCUGUUCCGAAUGGAUGGAAAACAAUCGUUGUUUUUAUUGGGAGGCGUCACACAGCUGGGGGCGUGUCUAGGCUCUGUGUUAGCCUACAUUCUAGUCAAUGUGAUAGUGGUCUUUCAAGGUUCUCCAGCAUGUUAAUGAACAUUAUUAUGCUGGCAUCUACAUGAACAAGUAUAUACACGUAUUGGAUAACCAAUUUCAACUUUAUCAUGGGCAAUAUUUACAUGCUACCAAGUUUAAGAUAUGGAAAUAAGAGAAUUAAGUAAAAUGUUAUUUUAAUGUUUUUAAUUUCAUGUACUACCUACAUUAAGACAUGCAAUUAAAAC